AUGCAAAUUCAAACACAUUUACAUGAUUUUUCUUUAUGCGAAAAGCAUUAUAACCAACUUAUUGUAUCUGAUUUUUUGUGCCAAUUGCUUUUAGAUUCAAAUAUUUCUAAAAAUAAGCGUAAUAGCCAAAAGCAGCAAGUAAAUAAUGAUUUUGACAAUGAAAUUGUUGAAAAGCAAGCUCGCACGCAGUAUACUCAUAAAACAGAUGUUCAAACUAAUAAACAGACUAAUGAAAAAACCCAUGAGGUCGGUAUACAAGUAUCUGAUAUUAUGUUGCAUUCUUUUGAAAACCUUGUUGAUUUUCUUCAAUCACAGCUAGAUUCAAAAGUAAGUGAGGUGGAAGAUCUUAAAAAGCGAUUAGAUUAUGCAUAUGACUAUAUAAUUGAAAAAUGCCAAAAUGUUUAUAAUAAUAUUGAAUCAUUAAUUUUAAAUAAAGAAUGGUUUUCACUUAAUAAUUUAUUAGAUUUUAUGCCUAAUAACUGGUUAGCUAAUCAUAAUUUAGUUAUCGUUAAUUUUAUUAAUACUCUCACCCAUAAUGACAAUAACAAUCAUA